UUGAAAUUAUUGCUGAUAAGCGAGUUCGUGCAAUUAGUGUUUUCAAUUUGGUGUUUGCUAUUUACCGGUCAACAUACGGCAAACCAAGUUAAAUAUACAUUCAAUUAAAGUUAAAGAAAUAGAAAUUGCCAUUUAAGUGGAUCAAGCAAUAAAACACGUACAUAAAUACUGGAUAAUCAAUCAACGCACAAAGCAAAAUGAAAGACACAAAGAAUUUCCCAGUUUUAAAGAAUGAUAAUCUACUACGUGCUGCGCGCGGUGAAGCUGUUGACCGGGUACCUGUCUGGGUUAUGCGUCAGGCAGGACGUUAUUUACCAGAAUUCCAAGAGGUGCGUAAGCAACAUGAUUUCUUUACGAUUUGUCGCACACCGGAAUUGGCAUGUGAAGUCACAAUGCAGCCGUUGAGACGUUUUGAUUUGGAUGCAUCAAUCAUAUUUUCGGAUAUUCUUGUGAUACCACAAGCCUUAGGAAUGACAGUUGAAAUGCAUGCGGGUGUGGGACCUGUUUUUCCUGAACCCUUACAAACGCCUGCCGACUUAGCUAAACUCACACCGGAAGGCGCAGUAGGACGUUUGACAUAUGUUGGUGAUGCUAUUACUAUGAUGCGUCACAUGUUAGAGGGGUGCGUGCCACUUAUUGGAUUCACGGGUGCGCCGUGGACUUUAAUGGGCUACAUGAUUGAAGGUGGUGGCAGCAAAACGAUGGCCAAAUCUAAAGCUUGGUUGGUUGACUACCCAGAGGAUUCGAAGAAACUACUAAGCAUGUUAACAGCUGCUAUUGUUGACUAUUUGGAAAUGCAGGUGAAAGCGGGCGCGCAGUUAUUACAAAUAUUUGAAUCAUCCGCGGAGCAUUUACCAAAGGAAGAUUUCCUUAAAUGGGCCGUGCCGCAUAUUAAAGAAAUUCGUGAUAAAUUAACCGAGAGACUGCAACAGCAGUCGUUACCUGUAGUGCCUAUGACAAUUUUUGCAAAAGGUGCAGGACAUUCACUGAAAGAGCAGGCAGCUUUGGGAUAUGAUGUUAUAGGUUUGGAUUGGACUGUUGAUCCAAUUGAAGCGCGAAAAGAAGUGGGACCUAAUAUUACAUUACAAGGAAAUCUCGAUCCGCAAGAUAUGUAUAAAACGCCGGAAGAAAUACGUGCGCUAACCACUGAAAUGGUGCAAAAAUUCGGAAAGGAGCGUUACAUUGCCAAUCUUGGUCAUGGUAUUACCCCACAAACGCCUAUAGUAAGCAUGGAAACAUUGGUCGACGCUGUGCAUAAAGCACUCUAAAAAUAUGUGCAUACAUACAUAUAUACAACAGAACAAAGUAAUAAUAUUGUCUAAUUUGUAUAAAGUGGCUUAUUGUUUAGCAACAAAUAAAAUGCUUAGUUGUUAGAUUGCUACAAUCUAAUGAAA